AUGAGCUCACAACAUUCCAUCAUCAUUGACUCAACGCAUGUCACAUCAGAGCAUCAAUUAGCAGAUAAAUUACAGAAAGUGGAUUUCAAUCAACCAGCCAAGAUAUUCCAGAACAAGCAUGCUGUACACCGGUUUGAAAAUGUAACUCCAGAUGUCUCCAUGCCUGGAACACCACUGCUCACCCCUCAUCGCUAUAAUGGCAGCAAUCAAGACGGCAUCUCGUCAGAAACAUCCUCUGUGGGAUUUCCAUCACCAUCACUACCACCUACUGCCGUACAUACCCCACCUUCCUUAUCGCCUCAACACAGCGGUGAUGAACAGACACUCAACAACAGCACGAAGAAAUCCUCAUCCUCUGAUGACAUAUCUUCAAUAGCAUCUUCUUCCCUUGAUGCCAAAGGUAUUCCACAUUCAGCAAGUAUUUCAUCAUUGCCAGUGAGACCUACCACCCCAUCUCAAUUCAUUUUCAAGAGACCCAAUUACAACAAAGAGUAUCAUCACACACAUUUCCACCAUCUUGAAAAGAAGGACACUAUUUUUAAAGAUCUGAAAAAGCUGUUCAAGGGUGACAAGCACAAGAAGAAAUCGUCCAAAAAGGACAGCAUUGACAAAAAGUCAAAGACACCCUCCGUCAAGAGCUCAAGUGAACUCUCGUUUGCAAAUGAAUUUAACCGAGAUUUAGAAGGCAAAUAUGGCAAGUGGGGCCGCUUUGUAGGUAAAGGUGCAGGUGGUUCAGUUCGUUUGAUCCGUCGUAGUACAGACGGAAAAACCUUUGCAGUCAAGCAAUUUAGAAAGCGAUCAGCUAACGAGCCAGAGAAGGAAUACGUGAAGAAGGUUACUGCUGAAUUCUGUAUCGGGUCUACCUUACAUCAUAUCAAUGUAAUUGAAACACUAGACAUCAUCCAGGAAGGCCAAAACUUUUUCGAGAUUAUGGAAUUUGCACCAAAUGACUUGUUCAAUAUCGUGAUGAGCGGAAAGAUGUCUCGUGAGGAAGUUGCUUGCUGCUGGCGUCAAUUGCUGAAUGGUCUUUCCUACAUGCAAAGUAUGGGCUUGGCUCACAGAGAUCUGAAGCUGGAUAACUUGGUGCUGGAUGAACGCGGUAUUGUGAAGAUCAUUGAUUUUGGUUGUGCUGUUGUCAACAAGUAUCCUCACGAAACACGGGUGCAUAAAUCAAAGGGCAUUUGUGGCUCUGACCCUUACAUUGCUCCAGAGCAAUUCACUGAACCCGAUUAUGAUGCUCGUCUCACUGAUCUGUGGUCCUGCGCUAUUGUGUUUAUUUGUAUGUCUAUUCGUCGAUUCCCUUGGCGUUUGCCUCGUCCUGAAAAGGAUCAGUCUUACAAGAACUUUGUCACUCCAUCCACGCUUGGCGCCGAGAAACUGUUUAAGAUGUUACCCCGCGAAUCAAGACCUAUUAUGAAGCGCAUCCUUAACCCUAACCCUCUUGAGCGCUGUACGCUGGAACAAGUGCUAGACGAUGAAUGGGUCAAGAACAUUCCAAUGUGUACACACACUAGACCUGAACUGUCGCAUGCACAUCAUCUUGCAGUUGAACCUAGACCAGAAAUCAAGGAAACCUGCAACAUUGUCGUUCUUGACAUUGCUCCUGCAGUCUCUGCUGAAGAUGACACUGACAGUUCUGGCAAGUCGCAUAGAAAAUAG